CUUCUCUCAGGAUCGUUCAGAUGUGUUUCGUCCUCUCGGCAGUUGGUGAAGGAGGAGGAGAAGGAGCUGAACGGUUAAUGUGCAGGAGAACCACCGCGCCGAAAGUCUGGGAAAAGACCAGUGCCACCGUUUGAUAAGCUGUUGGAAAGCCAUAGAAGCUCGCCUGAUUAUAUUUUUCUGCUUUCUAAAUGCUCAGAAAGAUCAGAUGUCAUUUUCCGAAGCACAUAAGCGAUGUUAAAGUCAACGGUUUACCUUGUGUUCAGGUCAUUUCAGGCACAGCCUGUGAAGUCUGCACCCUUGGCUUUCUAGCGCAUCAGUGGUUCAGAGAAGGGUAUGGCCCCAGCUCUGACAAAAAUCCUUAAAAAUGGCCACGGGAUCCACUUGUCCUCACCCCCUGCCACUGUCAGAACUGACUCAGAUGGGAGAGCCAUGUGCAGUAUAGAGCUACAGCCUCACAUGAGACCCAUAGAUGAUGAUGACAAUGACCUCCAGCAGAAGAUGUGGAACCUUUCUUCAUUUCACUUCCUGGACUCCUGCCUACCUUUCAGCCUCUUGGACGCUUCUUCCAACCCUCCGCUUUCGCCAUGCCCGCAGACAUCCGACAGCCAGUGUGAGACGAUGUCCCUGCCCAGUCCAAACUCCCUUGUCAACCUCCUGUCCUUCAAUAAAGGCUCCAGAGAUUCCCAUCAUGUGGCCUCAGUCUUCCCAGAUGUACCAGACAUGUUUUUAGUUCCUGGGCCUGAACACAAUAGACAACACAUUUGUCUGCCACAUGGAUGGAGUGCCGCUCCUGAAUGCCAACCAUAUGGUGGUGAUGUGUACCACUCCUCUCUUAACCUUACGAGUGUUUGUCCUCCAUAUCCCCAAGGGAAGUUAACAUCCCCGGGCCACACACAUUUGUUUGCACCUCCACCUUCGCUGAGACAGGAGAAAGCAGCGGGGAUGGUCUGCCCUCCCCCAGUUUCAGCGCAGCCUUGCAUUGACAGGGUAAGCCCUGACCAGCUGACGUCCAGAGCUGUGCUAGAGGAAGCCGUGAAGGCGCAGUUCUCGCGGCAGACAGACCUGCGCAGCCGGGCUUUGAAACUGCGAAAGAGACUGCAGAUCCUGCUAGGAGAGCAGACUGUGCGGCACUGCAACCAGCAGCUGGAGGGGCUGGCAAAACACAGUCAACAUGGAGAUUUGUCUUUUGACUGCUUCAAUUCUGCACAAGAAAGCAGUAAACUAAGUUUUCCUUGGCUAGAGUUGCCAAUAGCCUCGUCAUCCUUCUCAGAGGUCGGAGAGUUCAGCCACUCCAGUCAGGUGGUACUGAGAGGUCUGCAGGAGGCCUUGGACUCUGAGGCUACAGCCAGCAGCAGCUCAGAUGAGGAGCCAGUGGAGGAAAAGAUUCGUAGCAGGAUUUCAUCCAUCAGCAGCAGCAGCUGUGAGAAGCAGUGGCUGGAAGAGAGAGCAGAGCUGAGCAGCCGAUGGACUUGGUUGGAACUGCGCUUGGCUGAACUAGAAGGGAGGAUACUACAACUGGAGGGGGUCCACAAGCAUAUACGCUCUAUGAAGGGUCGGGUGGUGCUUGCAGACUCCCAGCCACUGACUGACAGGCAGAUUCAGCAGACCCUGCUGAAGGAAAUGGCAGGUUUAUCCUGCACAGCUUCUGAUCCGGACAACGAACCCUGCAGCCCUACACGGCUUCUGCACAAUAUAGAGAGACAGAGUGCUCAGCUUAGCCAGAUCGUCAACAGUCUGAUGCCCCCUCUGAGCUUUUCACCGCUCUCAAAACAGUCCCAGACCUGUAAAGACAGGAGAACCCUCCCAAGCGGCCAGAGAGGAGAUGUUUUCUUGCCUGUGAGCUCCAAGAGAAAGAGACUAGGGACUAGGCGGCUCUUUAAAGCUGAUGCGUCAUGCGUGUGUGCCCGAACCCGACCCCUGGUCACCUACCACAAGCCCAGGCUGUUCACUUUCAACUCAUACGGCUCUGGCAGUCCACUGCACUCAAGAAAGUCCACGGCUACCUUCUCCUCCUCGCUGUCCUCAUCUUCCUGUUCAUGCUACUCCUCUUGUGAUCCCAUAGUCUCGUGCUCUGAUCCCGACUGUAGCUCCAGCGGGGUCUCCUCCGACACCUUCAGCUUUCGACGUCACCCUGUGUCGUCUCUGUCGUUUGGCACACCUACGAGCCACCACGUAAAGAGGGUGCCAGGCAGAGAAGUAUGGUCCCAAAGACCUUUAGUUGUCAACAGUCCAGUAAACUACAAGCGACACAGCUCCACGCCGCUGCACAACAGUCAGGAAUACAAGCAGAACGGCAGGCAUCGUAAAAGCAGAGUUAUGGGUUUGUCGCCCAUCAGGUUGUUAGUCUCUGCUCAGAGUCGACACAGCAAAGCCAGUCAGAGGAGAAGGAAGAGAAGACGCAUCCGCAGGCUGCUGGAAGAUGAGGAGGAUGCCCUGUACCAGCUCUGUGAUCCAGCAGAAAGCUCAGAUGAUGUGCUAGAGGAGAGCUACUCACAUGCAUCACACAAGCAGGCCUCACAGGGCUUUGUUCGCAAACGCCAGGGAGAGAACGUGUACAACAUCAACAACAUUGUCAUUCCCAUGCCACUGGCUAAAGUAGAAAAGCUGCAAUACAAAGAAAUUCUAAUACCCAGUUGGCGAGUAGUUGACAUCCAGCCUCUGAUGGAGAUGGAGCCAGAGAAGGCUGAGGCUCUCAGUGAUGAAGUCUUUGCUCAGCGGCACCUGGCUUUGGAGCAAAAAGAGAAGUUACGCUGGUCGUCCUGGGAUAAGAGGAAACACCGUAGGCGCCCUACAAGAUCUGGCAGCAGGCUUUUAGGCAGUGGGGGUGGGAUGUACACAUCAGGAGAGGAGAGUUCUGUGGAGUGGAGUUGCGCUCAGCUGGAUCUUGAUGAUUCGCUGAGGUCAGAGGAGUGGCUGCCUCAGACACCCUGGGAGCCUCGAGUCUUUCCUUUGGAUGAGGAUGAGGAAGGCGCUCUGCUCUCUGAUAAACAAGAAAAAGUCCCGUAUGGGUGCUUAGGGAUUAGUUCAGCCUCUUGCACAUCAAAGAACUCAAACUCCCAACCAGCUCCAACUCAGGCUUCUUAUGCUACACUGCCCUCUGGGGGACAAAGCAAGAACAGCAGCUGAUACUGCCGUGCCGCCUUUUUUUUUGUCUUUGAAUAUCUCCUCUCAUCAGGGACAACGAGCAGAACAUGUGCCCUAGGAACCUUACCGGGAAUAUUUAAUACAUUCCACGAGCAUUGUGAUCUGAUGUAAUAAAAAAAAAAACGAAA